AUGGAAUACUACGCAAUGCUAAAGGGCUUCGGAAACAAUAUUCUUAUCGUGGAAGGUGAAGAGUGGAAACGGCAGAGGCGGAUUGUUUCGCCAGCAUUCUCCGAUAAAAACAAUCAUUUGGUGUGGGAAGCAGCACAGGGAUUUGUUGAACAAAUGAUGGAUAGCUGGGGAUCUAGGCAGUCAACGAUUUUGCAUGACGUCAGCGAAGACCUUUCCCUACCGCUUUCGAUUUGUGUAAUAGCAAAGGCUGGGUUAGGGCAGAAUGUAUCCUGGGGAAGGGACAGAAUUCCAUCUGGCCAUACGCUGACCUUUAAAGACGCCCUUGCAACUUUCGCUAAAACUGCUCACCUCCCACUAAUACUUCCUGAUUGGGCUUGGAGCCUUAGGAGAUCAUGGAAUGAGGCGAAACAUGCUCAUGGCGAGUUAAGACUUUACUUGCAAGAAAUGCUCAAUGGUCGUCGUGGACUUAGCGAAGGGGAAAUACGGGACGCUGUCACCCAGAAGCAUGAUCUCUUUAGUCAGCUGCUUUAUGCCCGAGACGCUGACAAUAUGCUAGAGGAAGACGAACUUAUCGGAAAUGUAUUCAUAUUCUUGAUCGCAGGACAUGAGACUACUGCGCAUACACUUGCCAUCAUUCUUGCUUUAUUAGCGCUCUACCCUCAAGCACAAGAUAAAAUCGUAAAGCAGGUCCGAGAGCUUGAACACGAGUAUGGAAAAUUGUCUUAUAGUCACAUCCACCAGUUGACCUAUACUAUGGCGGUGAUUUACGAAACUUUACGCCUGUUCCCCACGGUUCCUAUGAUUCCAAAAAUGGCGACAGCUGACACGACGCUCAUGGUUGGACUCCCGCCCGAUAACCGCACAAUACAUGUUCCGAAAUCCAUGACGGUUCAUAUCCAGUUGACUGGUCUGCACUAUAAUCCUAGCUAUUGGGAAAGUCCGGAGGAGUUUGACCCUGAGCGGUUCAUGGAUCCACACUGGAACCGCGACGCAUUUAUAGCAUUUUCUCUUGGCCCGAGAGCUUGUAUUGGUCGAAGAUUCGCUGAAACUUCAUUGGUAGCUGAACUGGUUACUCUGCUCUCGAACUACAAAGUUUCGAUCGACGAGUCCCGAUUUAGGCUCAUUAAUGGAGAAUCGAUCGUAGAGCGCCGUUCACGAUUGAUUAACCCCAACGAGCGAAUAACAUUGACUCCCGCUCCAAUGCCGUUAGUUUUCUCGCGGAGAGAUUAG